AUGGCUUAUUGCUUUUUAUUCCUCCUUGGGAGGUUAACCCUGAAAUUUUUCUUUGGAGAAUUGCGAGUUAUUGAAAGUCAGCACAUGUAUGAUCGACUCCUCAAUUUUCUCUUAUUUAAAGUGGUCUUUGUUGGAGCAAUAUUAGAGCCGAAAUGGGAAGAAUUACUGAUAUGGACGACGUGGUUUACAAUUCUUGGAUUCCUGAGGAUAUUUAGUAUGCUGUGUCGAGAUAGAUUUGAAUAUCUUACCUUUUCACCAAACACCCCGGUUCAAGCUCACCUACGUAUUCUAUCACUUUUGAUACUCAUAUUAAUAUCGGACAUAUUUUGGUUUAUAAUGUGUAUAUCAAUUUUCAGGUCUAUGCUUUUACUCUUAACUUUUGAGUGUUUUACACUCUUCUUGGACACUGUUCAAACUCUUGUAAAAUAUGUUAUUCAUCUAAGGGACUUGUCCAGGCAAGGUGUUUGGGAAUCACGAAGGCUUCUCUUAUAUUACACAGAAUUUGUCACGGAUACAUUGAUACUUAUUGCUACACUCGGUCAUUAUUUGCAUAUUAUGCUUUUACAUGGUAUAUCAUUCACAUUGAUCGAUGCCGUGUUGUUUCUUAACAUGCGAAGUGUUUUCAAUAACCUCCGAAAGAAGAUUGCUGCUUAUUGCAAUUACCGUCAGGCCAUCAGCCAUAUGCAAAACCAAUAUCCUGAUGCAACUGAUAAGGAGCUAACAGAAUAUAACGAUGAUUGCGCAAUAUGUCGUGAUUCGAUGACAUCGGCAAAAAGAUUACCAUGUUUUAAAAAGGUCGUGUCUUCAUUCGUGGUUGGAACAUCAUGGAUCAUGUCCAACUUGCAGGCGUUAGGCGUGGUUAAUAAUCGAGGACAUUAUGUUAAUAUAAAAUAA